AUGGGCGUGUCUGACGUGCACGCGUCUGCUAUCCUCACUGACCCCCUCCUGCUGCUCCGUUUGGUCGGUGAAAUCGACCUACUGAAAGCGAAGAGCCUUUGCUCAAAGAAUCCAAGCGCUGUUUCAUUCUUUUCCCCAUUCAAUACCAUGAGGUUUGUUACUGUCUGUCCUCCUGUUGACUUCGUUCUAACAAAUCAUCAUAUAUGGCAAAUACAUCCGGACAACUUCAACAAGUUCUACGAAGCUUUCGGCAAGAACUUGAAGCUCGGUAUCCACGAGGAUGCCCAGAACCGCAGCAAGCUCGCUGAGUUCCUCCGCUUCUUCUCCACCAAGGCGCUUGAGGAACAGACUUCGCUCAAGGAUUACAUCACGCGUAUGCCCGAGGUCCAGAAAUCGAUCUAUCACCUCACCGGUGAAUCUCUUGGCGCUGUUUGCGACUCACUCUUCCUUGAAGCGCUCAAGAAGAAGGGCUUUGAAGUCCUCCUUCUCGUUGACCCCAUUUAUGAGUAUGCCGUCACGCAGCUGAAAGAGUUCGAGGGCAAGAAACUUGUUUGUGUCUCGAAAGAGGGUCUUGAGCUCGAGGAGACUGAUGAAGAGAAGAAACUACGUGAAGAAGAGGCUGCUCACCUGACUGGACGAACCGUCUUAAUGACAACGAACGUCAUUUUGUUUCACACGUCCUCGCCUUCUUCACUGCAUCCGAUGGCAUUGUCAAUGAAAACCUCCUUGAACUGCUUCUACGGCUUCCAAAUUAUGAUGGAGAACAUUCACUCCGGGACCUACUUACUUCUCAUCGACACUUACAUCAAGGAUUCCGCCCAGCGCGAAUACCUCUUUGACGCCACGGAAACUAUUUUUGCUGAGCACUUGGUCGCCUUCGCUGCCAUCGAAGGCAUCUUCUUCUCUGGUUCUUUUGCGUCCAUCUUCUGGCUGAAGAAGCGUGGUCUGAUGCCUGGACUUAUGUUCUCCAACGAGCUCAUCAGCCGUGAUGAAGGUAUGCACAUCGAUUUUGCUUGCUUGCUCUUUAACCACCUCAAGCGUCGCCCGCACCCUGAUAUUGUUAAGUGUAUCAUUAUUCAGGCUGUUGUCAUCGAGCAGGAAUUUCUCACUGGUUCGUCAUUACCUUCUUUUUGCUCAUCUCACGCUGACUGUCUCUCUGGGAAGACCAACUUCUUCGAGAAGCGCGUGUCAGACUACUCAAAGGCGAACGUCAACCACACGAAUGCCAAGACCGACCAGGUAUCGAGCAAAACUUUCUUGUUGGAAGAGGACUUCUAG